UUUGCAGGUAUUUUCUGCACUUUACCAUUGAAGCAUUUUGUGGGAUUCCUCGUGCAAUGACUUUACCUGCUACUCAAUUUCAUCAUGAUGAUAUUUGUACAUUUGUGACUUUCUACAGUACGCAUGUUUUAUGGGUCACAGUGAAGGCCUGCUGGCACCCAGACUGCCCAACAUAUGCUGUGCGGUUGUAGUAGGGUGUGUUUGAGUGAGAGUUGUAAAUUCGAUGAUGUGUUGCUGUUGGCAGAAACAGAUCUGAAAAUAUAUAAAAAUGGAGGUAACUGUGGGGAAUUCAGCUCAUUGAUACAAUAAGAAGAGACUCUAAACUUCUAAAAGCAGAAUGCAACCUAUUUUUCUGAGGAUGCCAAAGUUAACAACCUAACAAAUGCACAUGAAGCACCAUUGACAUAAUGUCCGCAAGUGACACAAUUUAUAGUUUCUUUUUCCUAAGUCAGAUCUUUAUUGGUGUGCUGGCAAACUCACUGGUCUUCCUGAUAUAUGCAUACAUCUUCCUGAUCGAGCCACAGCUGAAGAAGCCCAUGGAUGUGAUGUGCAUGCACCUGACAGUUGUCAACACUGUAACUAUUGUGUUCCAGUCAACACCACAGCUCGUGUCAUUCUAUGGAGUCAAGGAUUUCUUGGAUGAUAUUGGUUGUCAGACAUUUUUGUACAUAUCCAGAGUGACUCGAGGCCUUUCCAUCUGCACUACGUCUCUGUUGAGUGUGUUUCAGGCCAUCACUGUCAGUCCCAGUCAUUCUAAAUGGGCGUGGCUGAAGUCUCAGCUGUCCAAGUGGAUUUUGCCCUCUUUGCUUUCCUUCUGGGUCAUCAACAUGAUGAUCUACAGUCACAUCAUUGAAAGUGUGAGAGCCAAAUCAAACUCCACUCUUGGCAGUGGGCCUUAUGUUCAAGCGUACUGUCAGAACAUUAAGGUUGAAGAAUACAAGUCAAAAUUAUUUUUAAGUGUCAUCAUCAUGCAUGAUCUCGUGUGUAUGGUGCCUAUGAUCGGGAGCAGCCUCUACAUGGUGUUCAUCCUGUACAGACACCGCAGGAGAGCCCGGCACAUCCACAGCCUCACUCCCUCUUCUGAGUCAUCUGCAGAGAACAAAGCCACCCGCACUAUCCUCCUGCUGGUAUUGUGCUUCGUGCUGUUUUAUGUUGCCAACAACUCCUUGAUGUUUUAUGGACUAUACAACUCUGGGAAAAAUGUAAGGUUGGAGGGUAUUAAUGGAAUUUUAUCAUCAUGCUACCGCACAAUCUGCCCCUUUUUGUUGAUAAAACACAAUAAUAUCUUUGUCAGACUGAUUUUCUCCAUUUCAAAGAUGAGAACAAAAUUUUUCUAAAGAUCUUCUAUUGGCUAAGUUGCCAUCACCUCC